CAGUCAAGUGGUGAGACUGAGAGAGUGUACUCGGUUCGGUAGCCUGAGUAAGACCCUUCAACUUCAUCUUCGUCUUCAUCUUCUCCUCUCUUGUUCUUCAAAUUUGUUUUCGGUUAAGGGUUUUGCUUUUUUAACUCUCACACUCCCCCUUUUACCAUUUAAUCUCAAAUGGGAGCGUCCUCGGAUCCCAAGGAAGAUAUAGCUAUGAGUAGCAAGGGAGAUAAGUUUUCAAAUACCACUGAAAUGGAUAUAGAUGAUGAUGAUGAUGAUUUUGAUGAUGACAAGUGUAUGGAACCAGCAAGCAUAAAGCAUCUGGGAGCUGGUUUUUUGCAGAAAUUCUGCAAGGAUGCUUCAGUAGCAUUCUUCAAAGAGUAUGGACUCAUCAGUCACCAGAUAAACUCGUACAACGAUUUCAUCAGAAAUGGCGCAAAGAGGGUUUUUGAGUCGUUUGGCGAGCUUACAGUUGAGCCUGGCUAUGACCCAUCGAAAAAGACAGAGAUUUGGCGAUAUGCUUCAGUGCGUUUUGGCGAGGUUAGACUUGUUCAGCCAACCUUUUGGGGUGGUUCUGCCAAAGAUAAAGAGUACAAUAUGUUACCGAGGCACGCUCGACUACAGAACAUGACUUACUCGUCAAGGAUUUAUGUGACAGUUAAUAUUGAGGUGUAUACUCAAGAAAUGACUAGUAGUGACAAAUUCAAAACUGGAAAGGCGCAAUACCUUGACAAGAAGGUUGUAAGUUCGGAGUCUAAAGAGGUCAUGAUUGGAAAGAUUCCGGUGAUGGUAAAGUCUGACCUUUGUUGGAUGAAGGAGGCAGAGAAAGAUGACUGUGAUUUUGAUCGUGGAGGCUAUUUUAUAGUCAAGGGCGCAGAAAAGACAUUUAUUGCUCAAGAGCAGAUAUGUAGGAAGAGACUUUGGAUAAGUAGUCAUCCUUUUCUGACAGUUGCAUUCCAAUCAGAAGUAAAGAGGAAUAGGUUAAUUAUUAGGCUAGCGCCCAGCCAAGUUGAAGAUGCUAAACCAGAGAAGGUCCUUACUGUUUACUUUUUGUCAACUGAGAUUCCUGUAUGGAUUUUGUUCUUUGCCCUUGGCGUGUCAUCCGACAGGGAAGUUGUGGAUCUCAUUGAUUUUGCCACUGACGAUGCUAGCAUUUCCAAUAUACUCUUUGCAUCAAUUAGUACUGCUGACAAGGCAUGUGAUGGCUUUCGUAAAUCCCAAGCAGCUCUCACUCACGUUGAUAAACAGCUUAAGAAGACUUUGUUUCCUCCUAAAGAAAGCAUUGAAGAAUGCCUUAGUAUGUAUAUGUUUCCAAAUCUGAGAAGCACACAGCAAAAGGCUCGUUUUCUAGGUUAUAUGGUGAAGUGCCUUCUGCAGGCUGCUACUGGUCGUAGAAAAUUGAAUAACAAGGAUGAUUUUAGAAAUAAGAGAUUAGAUUUAGCCGGUGAGUUGCUAGAGCGAGAGCUAAGGGCUCAUGUUUCCCAUGCACGGAAGCGCAUGGCUAAGGCUUUGCAAAGGGACCUUUAUGGAGAAAGGCCAUUGCGGCCGAUUGAAUUCUAUUUGGAUGCCUCUAUAGUCACAAAUGGUUUAUCGAGAGCUUUCUCAACUGGGGCAUGGUGUCAUCCUUUCAAGCGGACAGAAAGGAUUUCAGGGGUAGUGGCAAAUGUUGGCCGAACAAAUCCACUGCAGACAAUUGUAGAUAUGAGAAAAACACGCCAGCAAGUUCAGUACACUGGGAAGGUUGGAGAUGCUAGAUACCCGCAUCCUUCCCACUGGGGGAAGGUUUGCUUUUUGGCUACCCCGGACGGUGAAAAUUGUGGGCUUGUGAAAAAUUUGGGUACAACUGGAUUAGUAAGUUUAGAAGUAGCAGAAUCCCUCGUUUCCAAGUUGUGCGAUAGUGGCAUGGAGAAAUUGGUGAAUGAUACUUCGACACCACUUGAUGGGAAAGAUAAAGUAUUUCUCAAUGGGGAUUGGGUAGGAGUUUGUGUCGAUUCCCUUGCCUUCGUUUGGAGACUGAGGAAAAUGCGGCGCAGAAAGGAAUUGCCGCGCGAGGUGGAAAUUAAAAGAGACAAAACUCACGGGGAAGUUAAUAUAUUUUCUGAUGCUGGAAGAAUUUUGCGUCCCCUUCUAGUUGUUGAGAAUUUGGGUAAGCUUACACAAUCUAAAGCUGGAAAAUACACCUUCCGAUCUCUUCUUGAUAGGGGAAUAGUUGAGUUUAUUGGAGCUGAAGAAGAGGAGGAUUGCCGAACUGCAUGGGGUAUCAAAUUUCUUUUCAUGGAAGAUAAGGGAAAGCCUGUUGAAUAUACACACUGUGAACUGGACAUGUCUUUUUUGUUGAGUGUAAGCUGUGGAAUCAUACCAUUUGCAAAUCAUGACCAUGCAAGGAGAGUCUUGUAUCAGGCUCAGAAGCAUUCUCAACAGGCUAUUGGCUUUUCAACAACAAAUCCUAAUAUCAGAGUAGAUACUUUGUCUCACCAAUUGCAUUAUCCCCAAAGGCCCCUCUUUCGAACAAUAAUCUCUGACUGUCUUGGAAAACCAGGUUAUCCAAAGAAUGAAUGCUACAAUGGCCAGAACGCCAUUGUUGCUGUCAAUGUUCACCUUGGCUACAACCAAGAAGAUUCCUUGGUGAUGAACCGAGCUUCUUUGGAGCGCGGUAUGUUUCGAUCUGAACACAUUAGAAGCUAUAAGGCUGAGGUUGACAAUACGGAAUCAUUAGACAAAAAGAUGAAGGCUGAUGAAUGCAUCAAUUUUGGAAAGAUACCAAGUAAAAUUGGUCGUGUGGAUAGCUUAGAUGAUGAUGGUUUUCCUUUUGUUGGUGCGAACCUACAGAGUGGUGAUAUAGUUAUAGGUAGGUGUGCUGAAUCUGGGGUUGAUCAUAGUAUUAAACUGAAGCACACUGAAAAGGGGAUGGUUCAGAAGGUCGUACUCUCCUCUAAUGAUGCUGGAAAAAACUUUGCUGUGGUCUCUCUCAGACAGGUUCGUACGCCAAUUCUUGGAGACAAAUUCUCGAGCAUGCACGGACAGAAGGGUGUUUUGGGCUUUUUGGAAUCCCAAGAAAACUUCCCUUUUACGAUUCAAGGAAUAGUUCCAGACGUUGUCAUCAAUCCACAUGCAUUUCCAUCGCGACAAACUCCAGGUCAACUUCUGGAGGCUGCUUUAGGAAAAGGGAUUGCUUUAGCAAAGGGGAUCCCAGUGAGACAUGCCACCCCUUUCUCCACUCCCUCGGUUGAUGCUAUCACAGAACAGCUGCACAGGGCUGGAUUUUCAAGAUGGGGGAAUGAGAGAGUAUACAAUGGCCGAACAGGUGAGAUGGUUCGUUCGCUUAUCUUUAUGGGGCCAACUUUCUACCAGCGUCUGGUUCACAUGGCUGAAGAUAAAGUAAAAUUCCGAAACACUGGCCCUGUCCACCCUCUAACUCGUCAGCCAGUGGCUGAUCGUAAGCGAUUUGGUGGGGUCAAGUUUGGGGAGAUGGAGCGAGACUGCCUGCUAGCCCAUGGUGCAUCAGCAAACUUGCAUGAACGACUCUUUACUCUGAGUGACUCUUCCCAAAUGCAUAUUUGCCAAAAAUGCCAAAAUAUUGCUUACAUUAUCCAACGUGCGUUGGCUGGUGGCAGGAAGGUCAGGGGUCCGUAUUGUAGGAUAUGCGAGUCAGCUGACGACAUUGUUAAGGUCGAUGUGCCUUAUGGGGCCAAGUUGUUGAGCCAGGAACUCUUCAGCAUGGGGAUUGCAUUAAAGUUUGAAACCCAGAUUUGCUGAAUAGAAAUAGUUUCAAAGAUGUUUUGUUUGGCGAGUCAAUUACUCUUUCUUUAUCACUGUCUGCAUCUGUUUUGGCAUCAUUUUGAAGUUUAGAACCUGUUUUUGCUGAGGCAUCACUGAGGAUUUCCUUAAAGGUGUUUAUGUUUGUAUGCGAAUACUGAUCACUAAUUUUAUGUUGUGCACUCCUUUCUAUGAAAA